AUGGAUAUUAUCUUAACUGCUGUUGGUGAAUUCGUCUGGUCAGCAUCAUGUGCUAUAAUUAACUUUUGUGUCAGCUCGGGAUUCAGUGCUACUGCUGUAUUUAUCUCCUUUCUUUGUGUAAUUCUCACAUCCGCCUUUUAUAAAUACUCAACUAGUCGUGAACAAAUGUCAAUGGCAGACAAUGCCUCGUGUCCAUUCGACGAACACGACGAUGGAACUCUUGAUCAAUUGACGUCUACACCUUCGGCGUUGAAUUGUCCAUUUUUAGCCGAGCACAAUGACAACCAUACUAAUAACAAUAUAAACACCCUGUCCGAAAUUGAAAUACGCGUGGAAGAAAGUAGCAGUGAAACGGAAACAAAUGAUGAACAAGCGUCGAAUGAGAUUCUUUUGGAUACAAUUGAAGGCUCUGAAGAAGAAAUACAAAAGCAACAAAUCGCAAAUAUUUACCGUCUGUUAAAUGAUCAACAUUUAAUCAAUAAUUGGACAACAACAGAUUUUCUUGAACAGCUUAAAAUGUAUGGUCUUGACGCAUAUGAAGAAGAUGAACCCGCACCAUCGUAG